GCGGAUUGGUCUUCGAGCUCCGCGCGCUUUGCGGGGCCAUGAGCUUCAUCGCAGAAGCGGCUUCAGCGUGGAAGAGCGUGCGUCAUGGCAAAGUGCCUUGGACGGAGGAGCAGGUAGAACAACUCGCAGUGGAGCAAAUGAAGCUCAUCCCCGAGCGCGCGUGCCGUUUGAUUCGGGACGAGUCCUUCCGUGGCGGAGACCUUGUCUAUCUCCCGAACGCAUUGGCGCGGCCAACAUAUAAGGAGUUGUCGCGUAACUAUGUGUGGGUUCGGAUCUGGGCCUCGCAGUUUCCGGAGAAGGCGCCAAGCGUCUUUCUGAUCGCUGACGUGCUGCAGCGGCUCGACCAGAAAUUUGCUGGCAACCUCCUGCAGCACACCGACAAAUGCCGCGCUGAGCGAGCAGGAGAGGAAGCCGGGCGCAUCCGCAAGCUGCUGUCCGCACUUCGCUACUUGUUCCGAAACGGAACUGGAUCCCCAGAUCCUAAAGUUGCCGAACUCAAAGGACUUCUGAGACCUUCACCUUCCUCAAAGGCCCGCAGGAUGUCGAAGGGAUCUUCCUUGGGAGACGCCGACACAAGUGCAAGCGCUGAGGACUCGGCAGAGCUCACUGACGAGGAUGCGGCUGAUGGCAAUGAGGGCGCGCUGGAUGGCUGUGGAGGGCUUGCCCCUGCGAGCAGCGAUGAGGAGAAUAGUGAUGAGGAGAGUGAGAGUGGUGAUGAGGAGGGUGGUGAGGAGGUGCGUGGUGAGAAGAGUGGUGAUGAGGAGGGUGGUGAGGAGGCGCGUGGUGAGAAGAGUGGUGAUGAGGAGGGUGGUGAGGAUGUGCGUGGUGAGAAGAGUGGUGAUGAGGAGGGUGGUGAGGAGGUGCGUGGUGAGAAGAGUGGUGAUGAGGUGAGUGGUGGUGAGGAGGUGAGUGAUGGUAAGGAGGUUCGUGGUGAGGAGGCAGAGGAUGAUGGCGAGGCGGCGCUGGCGAGCUCGCAGGACUCCGAAAAGACGCUUCGACUGGGCCAGGGUGACAGCCCGCGCGCGGUGGUGGCAAUUUCGCCCAGCACGCCUUGCAAUGAGACGCAGCUACCUUCUCCUGACCAACCGCUUCUUGACCAGACCGCGCCUGACCACGCUGACACGAACGAGUUGCUUAAGGUCAGCAACGGCUACUGCUCAGACGAGGACUCGAGCUUUCAUUCUAGUUGCGUGAGCGAGUGGACCUUGCGUGGGGACUCGGAAUGCGAGGAUGGCAGCGAAGAAAAUGCGCCGAUGGAGACGCAGUAUGUGCUCGUUCCCAAGCCGGCGUUGGAGCGCAAGCGCAGCUGCGUCGACGUGGUGGCAGAGUCGGAGCAAGCGGCAAAGAGAUCGCGCCAGGAGGAGGUGGACACCGCCUACGACUGUGCAAAACCCCGAGUGAAGAAGGCUGAUCCUGGCCGGUCCAGGGCCCCGGGCAAGGCCACGAAGAAGGGCAAGAAGCAGAACCCGCCGCGGGCGACCUUUAAACGCGGCCACACAAAAAAGGUCAAGGCGGUCAAGGGGGGCGCUGAUGCAGCGCCGGGGAGUUCUGAUGCAGACCAGGAGGUGGUUGCGAUCCUGGUGUCGCUUCUCUUUGCCAAGCCCUUGGUCUUCACCCCGUUGCUGGACCAUGUUGAGCUCUUUGCUGGGCAAAUGUCGGUAUCCAUCGGGGAGAUGGAGGAAAACCGAUGCGCGGUUGCUCUCGACUUGGAGAUGGGAAAGAGUGGAGAGAUGGGUGAGGACGCCUACAACAUGCUACAUCCCAUAGGAUUCGCCCACUCGCUGUUUCAGGUUUGCCGCUUGAAGCCGGGCCGGAGCGGCCUAUUGGCCGCUCCGGUCUGUUCGACCUGGGUUUAUAUGUCGCGGGGUUCAACGGGCCGUUCACUUGGAAACCCUGGCGGAGAUCCUCGUUUCCCCGCCACAAACAGUGGCAACGUUCUUUGUUCACGAACACUUGUUCUGCUGUGGAUCGCAGCCGCUUUGCAGUGCUGGUGGGUGUUGGAACAACCUCAAGGAUCGCUCAUGGAGCACUAUGCGCCGUUUCAAGCUUUCCUGAAACGCGUGAGGGCCUGGCGGCAUCGCAUGAAGAUGCUAGACUAUGGGGGUCCCAGCGCAAAACCCACCUGGCUUUACAGCAGUCGCAAGGAGAUCGAACACCUGGAACAGUUUGCCCCGCGGCACUUGCCUGCUGUCGACCGUGACCGCGAACCAUGUGAGAUGGUCAUCCAUUACAAGGACACCAAGGGCAUUGACCGGAUAAAGGGGGGGAAAGACCUGAAGAAGAGUCAGGCCUACCCCAGAUUGUUUGGGAGAUCCCUGGCAAAGCUCCGCACCAGCCAGAGGGCAUCCCAACAGAGUGAGGCUCGCAAAAUUCGAAAGCGGUGGCUGAAACAAGGCCCUGGCUCGCUGAAUUCGAAAGACUCAGCCCGGUGGAUCAAGUGGGCAGACUUGGACGGUGUCAUGCAGUUUCUGGUAUGA